AUGACAGUUUAUCCUGACCAUCGUAGCAGCGGCUUCGCAACCCGCGCAGUGCACUCUGGCUCUCCUCAUGACAAAACAACUGGUGCGGUGAUACCUGCGAUCUCUCUUUCUACCACGUUCGCACAGAGUGGUGUGGGUAAACCUGUAGGGGCCUAUGAGUACACUCGAAGUGCGAAUCCUAAUCGGGAUAACUUUGAAACCGCAAUAGCGGCAUUAGAGAAUGCGAAAUAUGCCCUUGCCUUCGCAUCGGGGUCUUCAACGACUGCUGUCAUUCUCCAGUCUCUCCCAAUUGGGUCUCACGUUGUAUCAGUUGCUGAUGUAUACGGCGGAUCUCAUCGCUACUUUACCAAGGUGGCCAAUACACACGGUGUUGAAGUCUCUUUCACUACCUGUCUCGAAGAGGACCUGGAGAAAAUGAUUCGGCCAGGCAAGACUAAGCUUGUCUGGGUUGAGACACCGUCUAACCCAACCCUGGGCCUCGUGGAUCUUCGGAAGGUUGCUACCAUUGCCCAGUCCCAAGGAGUUUCAUUGGUCGUCGACAACACCUUCUGCAGCCCCUAUAUACAAAAUCCUCUCUCUCAUGGUGCGGAUAUUGUCGUCCACUCUGUCACAAAGUAUAUCAAUGGACACUCGGUGAGUGUUGAGCUUGACCUGAAUGGGAGGGAAAUGUCUGUUAAUCUUAAUUAUUGGCAGGACGUCAUUAUGGGUGUAGCUGCUUUCAACUGCCCUCAAUGGAAUGAACGUUUGACAUUCCUCCAGAAUGCCAUCGGAGCUGUACCCUCCGCGUUCGAUUGCUGGUUAGCUCACCGGGGCUUGAAAACCCUGCAUUUGCGCUCGCAAGCUGCUACAAAGAAUGCCACGGCUAUUGCACUUGCGCUAGAGGCAUCUGAUAAUGUUAUCUGCGUGCGAUAUCCUGGUAUCGGGUCUCACCCUCAGCGAGAUAUUGCAGUUCGGCAGCACCGAGACGGUAUGGGCGGAGGCAUGUUGAGUUUCCGCCUAAAGGGUGGGCGCGAAGCAGCACACGCGUUUUGCCAAAACACAAAGAUUUUCACUCUAGCUGAAUCUUUGGGUGGAAUUGAGUCUCUCUGCGAAGUCCCUGCAGGCAUGACUCAUGCGGGUAUUUCCAAGGAAGAACGAGAAGAGUCGGGUGUUUAUGAUGAUCUUGUUCGGCUUAGCUGCGGUAUUGAGGACACUCAGGAUCUCAUCAUUGAUGUACUACACGCUAUUAAAAAGGCAGUGAUGUCUACUGGUAACGGAAUUUUGUGA